UUUGCAUAAAGCGAUAUAUUUACAUAAUCUGCGGCGAUUCUCGGUGCGCAAAUUUGUGUUUCUGAGUACUAUACGAGUCAUGUCUCAAAUAGAUGGAUAGCGCUUGGUUGACACUUUGGAUAUUCUUUUUAUUCUGUGCUUGCGUGGAAAACUUCAAUGAAACAUUGAAAUGUGAAAAGUUGAAAAAAUCUCAAUGCUUUAACAUUGAUCUUUCAUACAAAUACACAGCACAAGUUUUUGUGACAGACUCCAAAGACCAAGCACAAGCGGCGAAGAACUUGGAAAAAUGGAAACCGCUCAAAUAUCAUCCUCGAUGCUGGAAAUAUUUACAGUCUUUUCUUUGCCGAGUUUAUAUGCCAGAAUGCAUUUCAUACAACAAUAGUGUUAGUAAGGUCAUAUUACCUUGUCGUCCUUCUUGUUUAUAUAUACAAAAACCUUGCGAGGUUGUUCAAUCUUAUGGUGGAUGGCCAGAAUUUCUCAAAUGUGAAAGAUUUCCACUUGUUGAUUGUGUUAAUCUUACUAUAUCUGCAAUAAACGGAACAGAUAACAACUGCCCACCACAACUUGUUCACACAAAAGAUAGUGCUGGUUGGUUUGAAAAAAUCCACGGUUGUGGCGUACCAUGUGAAAAUCCCAUUUUUACCGAAGAGGAACAUGGUCGAAUUCGUCGUUUUAUAGGAGCAUUUGGAAGUUUAUCAAUGUUGUGUACUGCAUUUACAGUUAUAACAUUUCUUGUUGGAUGGAAAUCACAAAACAAAUAUCCCUCAGUCAUCUUGUUCUACAUGAACGCCUGUUUCUGUCUGACGUAUCUUGGCUUCUUGUUGCAAUUCUUUGGCAACGCAAGGAAGAAAAUUCUUUGUCGUUAUGAUGACACUAUGAGAAGAGGGGAACCUGUAGAUUCAGAUUCAACCAUCUGCGUGUUCACUUUUAUUCUUGUAUUUUAUUUCUCAACUGCUGGUGUUGUAUGGUUUGUAAUACUGACAUACGCCUGGUACAUUUGUUUUCAAAGUCUUGGAACGACUCGUGAUAUUCUCGGUAACAAGGCAGUGUACUUUCAUAUCAUAGCCUGGACACAACCGUUGAUUCUUACUUGUAUAAUUAUUGCUCUUGCUCAGAUUGACAGUGAUUCCUUGAGUGGCAUAUGUUUCGUUGGUUAUUGGAAUAUUAAUUUUAGAAUCUAUUUUGUCCUGGUUCCUCUCGGUAUAAAUCUGGUUAUCAGCGCUAUCUUUUUAUGGAGAGGUUUGAUGAUCUUAUUUAAGUUACGUAAAAGCAAUCCACACAUGCUAAGUCUGAGGUCCGCCAGCAGAAUCAAAGAAACUAUCACACGUAUAGGUAUUUUUGCGUUUCUCGCUUUCGCAUUUGUCGUGACAACGUUUGCAUGUCAUCUAUAUGAUUUCUUCAAUCAAAAGACUUGGAGGAGAGGAUUCCGUGACUUUAUCAAAUGUAAAGCAGAAGCUACAGUGAAACAGAUUUCAGAUCCCUGUAAAGUCGAAGACAGGCCUGACUUAGGAGUCAUUGAGCUUCAUCUUUUUGCUUUAUUUGGUGCUGGAAUAACUAUGAGUGCAUGGAGUUGGACAUCAAGUACUUUAUCAAGUUGGAAAAAUGCUUGGAAUAAAUUGACAGGCAAGAGAAGAUAUCCAGAAUUAAGUCAUUAUAAUCUAAUAAGACGAUUACGAGAGAUAAAGAAAAUACAAGCUGAAGUUCAUCCAUCAUCGGAGCCUGUAAACGAUAAAAAUAUGGAAAAUAAAGUAACAACAGCACCACAAUUUAACGAGGAAUCAUUACAGUUACAGAGUAUCAUUAGUGAUAUUAGUGUUAUUGCUGAUCCAAAAUUAAUCAUUCCUACAAAAAGAAGAGUCCUUUUCGAGACAAAUGAACACAACGAAAAUAAUGAAGAAAUCACUGAAUAAAUAAUGGUUGAUUUUCGUCUCAUGAUAGAUCAUCAAUAAACAUUUGAUACCAAUCCAUCAUCAUUAAGAAGUACAUUAUUUUCACACACACACACAUACACACCAGGCACUUACAAUGGAUAACUUAAGACGUUAAAGUGUAAAUAGAUAUUUUGUUGUUUUCCAUGUCAGGCAACGAUAAAAUAUGUAGGCUAACUUUAGUAUUGAAAAUAAAUGACCUAAAUAUGAUA